GAUGACAGGGAAGUCCCUUGCCCUGAUGCCUUAUGGUUGGUUCUGUGAACACGGACAAGCGUCUUCUAUGGCACCCAUUGCAAAGAAACAAGUUCAUACUCGGCGGCGGCUCACAAAUCACACUCUACGAAUGGGCUGCAGAGGAGCAAGAAAUCCGACACAUCACUUCGCAGCAUGACCUGCAGUUCAUGAAGACAUUUGCAUGGUCUCCAGAUCCCUUUUUCGAUGACCUGGUGGCGGUGGGGUUGAGCACGGGGAGGAUAGAUUUAUUGCGAUUAGAGGCGACGAGGACGCGGCGGUUGGCGGGAGGCACCAGCGUACUAUCGGGAGGUCCGAUAAUCUCACUCACCGCACGCAACUCGCGCUCCUGCAACGCGCUCGACUUCUGUAGACUCGACCCCAACUACCUCGCAGUGGGACUCGACAAAAUGCGCAACGAUGCCAGUCUGGUGAUCUACGACAUCUCCAGCACUCGCAGCAAGUUGUCCUUCUCGAUUUCCACACCAAACGAUGUGCUCGUGGACUCGCCGAAGCGCCCACAACCGCUCAUCCCGCGCAACGAGCUCCCGCCCCGCGCAGACGCGCGCACAGUGCAGCACCACGCACUCACGGAGGUCGUCACCGCAGUGUCUUACGUCGCAAACACGAACCACCUCGUCCUCGCUGGCGUGUCAUCCCGCUGGCUCCGGUUGCUCGACGUCCGGACGGCGGCGCCUGCGAUCACGAGCGUCGCGGCGAAAGUGCAGAGCAUAGUGACUGACCCGUCCGACCCGCACCGCGUCGCGACGUUUGGUGAAGGGUUCGUGAGCGUCUGGGACACGCGCAAGAUAGCACCGUUGCCAAUGCUCAGCUUCACGGAACAGGACGCGACUGGCGAUGGUGCGUUCGUGCGCCCCGCGGCCCCUUAUGUGGGGAUCGAGUUCUCUCGUACACGGCGUGGGACCCUUGCUGCGUUGCACAAAGAUACAAAUUACGUGCGCUUUUGGGAUCUCUUGGGGACGAAGGGAACAGUCGACGUUGGGUCGGCAACGGGAUCUUCGGACGGUGGGAUGCCUGCUGAGGGAUCAUCACUUUCGAGCCGGCUCGCGCGCAAGUCGUGGACGGCUGGACUUCCCUGGGCCACAUCUGCUUCAACCAGAGAAGUGGGCCAUAGCUCGCUCGUGUUGUCUGAUACCCGCCGAACCAAACUGUUUCCCAAAACCCUGUCGUCCUUUGCACUUGUGCCUCAGCCCACGACAUCAUUGACGUCUGAGGUGAUGGUUGUGUCCCCGCAAGGCGACCUCGAAAUCUGCGCACUCCAUGACACACCAAAGCAGGCUGUCUGGAGCAACCGUGGGGAUCUAGCCGUCAGCGCCGGCCACCGGUACCGCGUUUUCCCUGGGAUAUUGGAUGGAGAGGAGUUGGAAAAAGAGUUUAUUCAACAGCGCGAACGAGAGUCUUCUCUCGAACAGUUCCGCUACGCACAACAACAACAGGAUGCUAUCAAAAGUCGGUCGGAACCGAAGUCGACAUCACCACAACAGCACAUGCUGCGAGGAAGGCGAUCAAUGCCUUCCUUCGAUCCCCGGCCGGUGUUGUUUGGUCGAGGGGAUGAUGACGGCUUUCCGGCGCUUUCGACGGACAGCUCAAGCACACUCAUGAGCUCUUCGAUUGCUGCGUUGAGAGACGCGUCUCCAGCUUCAGCCGUUCGGGUCUCGGCUCCGACAGGGAUCUCUGCGACUAGGCCGGUCUCGGUUUCCAAGUCCCGAACGUUCAGUCCGUCUUCGAUGCGACAUUAUCCGUACGAGCCGACUCAACGCUCUCGUUCCAACUCGCGGCCGGCGAUACUGAAAAGCGCAUCUACCAAAGAUUCAGCGCCUCCUGUAAAAUCCCUCGAGGUGAAGAUCCGAGCAGCACCUGUUAGUCGCAGUGCGAGCAGGAUCAGAGGGAUCGAGCAUCUCAUUGAGGACGACAUUUCCAUGGUGAUGCGCAGAAGAUGCUUGCGAGGUUACAGCGUUGGCAAUCCAUACCACAACACAACCGUCACUCGAGACGAUGUAGCUCCUGUGCCCGAGAUGCUAUCUGGAUUGUGGACAUGGCUCAACAAGGCUCAAGAUUUUUUGUGUGUGCCGACACCUCGGCUUCACGGCUAUGAUUUCUCUUAUCAGGGUAUCAUGGGAAUCUGGUUCGGGUUUCCUCAUGUUGCACCUCCAACCGAGCAGACGCUCGAACGAGCGAAGACACGCAGUCGGUCACCCAGUCGAGACGGCCGCUCGCCUGCAGAUGACCUACAUGGCAAUUUUCAAGCCGCCUUGUCAGAUCUGGCUCUCCGUAACGGCGACAAGAUCCCCUGGAAAUUUCACGCUGUGAACUCUGCCAAGACAUUGCAACGUCAGAUUGGACUGAAGCUGUUAGGUUGGAGCCUCCGGGAAGAAGAUCUGCAGGCGCACGUCAAAAGAUGGGAGCAGGACGGUCAGCGAACUCGCGCGGCGUGCUGGCUGGUCUUCGCGAACAAGCAUGCGCAGGCUCUUGAUGUACUCCUGGGAAGCAAUGAUGAGACCGAUAACAUGAUGUCUGGAACUCUCGCUGCCCUGACGGCUGAUCCAUCCUCGGCCAGAAACGUCGCUUUCCGAGAGCACUGCGAGAAGCUGAUCAUCCGGAUUCAAGAUCCCUACCUGCGGGCCAUGCUUACCCAUCUCACGCUUGGAGACUGGUCAGAGGUUCUGGAUGAGGAGGCUAUACCGUUCCGAGAGCGUUUGGCCAUCGCCUUGCAGUUCUUGGAGGAUGAUGCGCUUUCCUCGUAUCUGCUGAACUGUGUGGACAACUCGUGUCGCGGAGGGCAUGUAGAUGGGCUCAUGGUCACUGGUCUCACCAAACGGGGCCUGGACAUCCUCCAAAGCUAUGUCGACCGCUCCGGUGAUUUCCAGACUGCGGCCAUACUCGCCUCUUACGUUUGCCCGGCCAAAUUCACCCAUACGCGGGCAGAAAGAUGGGUAGAAGCGUAUCGGGACAUGCUGGAUGGCUACAAACUUCACCAUUAUCGCGUGAGCUUUGACAUUGAGCGCGGUGGAUUGGUGCAGGACGCUGUCGAGCACGGAGACCGGGCUCCUGUCGACUGGGCUCCCCGACAGAUUCUCAUCCGCUGCAACUAUUGCAAUAAGCCAGUGACAGGACCAGAUUCCGGGAAACAUAGGCCGACGACUUGUGCGAAUUGUAACAGAUCACUUCCGCAAUGCUCUGUGUGUUUGAUGACGCUGAGCAUUGUCCCGGAUGCAGUGAGAGAUGCGGAGAUGUUUUAUUCUACUGUCAAGGACACCAUUGACGACGCAAUUUUGAUCUGCCAGACGUGCAAGCACGGAGGACACGCGUCGCAUAUCAUGGACUGGUUUUUCGGGGAGGACGGACGCUCGCACGGGCUCUGUGCCGUAGCCAAUUGUGAUUGUCGCUGUGCAGAUGAAUUUUGAUGAUUGCGAAAUAUGAUUAGCACCCCACAAUGCCAAGCGAUCUUUUCCGCUUGCUAGCAGUGACACCGUACCUCAGUUACUGAGUACAUAUCACGAUCCUUUCCUUUUUUUCAUCUGCCAUGUUCAUGUGGCCGCGCUCCCUGGGCUCCAGGUUCGUUGCAAUUGGGGCAUUGCUGGCGCUCUUCCUGUUGGCGCGUGUGACAUAUUCGAACUCUGACCGGUUCUCCAACUACGACCUCUUUGGGUCCCGGCGGACAGGCCUCUGUCCGCCCGAAGCAUACAAUCAAGGCGCAUGGCUCCGCAAUCCGAGCGCGAAUAUGUCGUCGGUGCAUGCAAAGGAGGAGGUAUUGAGCUUGAGCGGGUUUGAGGCUUGUGCGAGGUGAGCAGCAACACGUGCACCGAAAGCUGCAGAGACGCGACUCACACACGCGCUGCCGUUGUCCAGUUCACGAGAAUACUGGUGGCAUCUUGGUGCCGACAGCGAAGAGCGUCUGAACCGGUUCCCAGAUGUGACGUCCUGGAAGUGGACGCCGGACAACAAGCAAUGUCAGAUUCAAGAUAUGGCGCAGUUCAAUCUUUUAUCCGAACUUGUGGAGGGUGGAGGGUGGCUACUUAUUGGCGACUCCAUUACCGAGGGACAUUUCUUCUCACUUUCAUGUUCGCUGUUCCCUCACGUCCGGGCCACGCCGGACUACGUUGCGAAUCCGUACUGGGACCGCGCCUGGCCACAAAACCUCUACCUCGAUCCAAAAUCUCCCCUCAUCCCCCACCUGAAGCUCCCUACUGGAUUCUCCAUCGAAGAGACACCGCUGGUGACGUUCCGGCGCAUUGACGCGCUCAUGAGCGAGCAGCAGCUCGCUGAUCUGCACCGUUCGCUGCACCCCGAGGCACCGCCUGAGUUCAAGCUGCUUAGCGAUGAGCAGAUGUGGUCGCUCACGCCGGCUGAAUACCUCGAGAUUUUCACGGCGCCGCUGCCGAAGGGCAACUACAAGACGAUGGUCGUCAGCACUGCGGGGCACUGGACCACGACGCUCUUUGCGGGAUUCAAGGACGAGGCGAAGCCCGGGAACGGGAUCGAAGGCGUGAUUCAGUUCUUCGCGCAGGUCGUCGAGCACUGGUCCGCGGAGAUGCAGUCGGCGCUGGACGCGCACAGGCUGGAGACUGGCAGGGAACGCCAGGUUGUGGUCCGUGCGUAUCUCCCUGGGCACGAGGACUGCCAUGACUGGAAAAGCCCGUGGACGGAGAUCAAGCCCUUUGUAUGGAAUUGGUACAACUGGGGCAGCAUCUGGGAGUUCAACAGGGAGUUUGAGAAAGUACUCAGCGGACACUCUUAUCCCAACAUACAUUGGCUGGGUAUCGACCGACCAGGCAGAUUGCGACCGGAUGCUCAUGUUAUGAGCGACUGUCUACAUAUCAUGGCGGGCGCUGGUGUCCUGGAGGGCUGGACACAUUACAUCUGGCAUUUUGUCUCCACAGAGCUGCCUGCCCGUAUCAUUCGUUAGAUUCACAAAAUCAUAAUCGAGCUCGAGACUGCGAAAAGUGGUGUGAUGAUACAAUUUGGUGAUUGCACUAACCAUCCAGCGGAACUCUACAGCUUCUCUAUGUCUGAAACCUUCUCCUCUUCAAGGGCAUAACUGUCGUCCACAUCCAUACUCAUCGGUACUUCUUUCAUCAGCAAACUGAGCAGGAAACCAAGCCCACAUAGGCCGAUCAUGACCUGCCAGAUCACGCUCAUACUGGAGGCAAAGGCCGCUUGGACCUCUGAUUUGAGUGGUUGAUCGAGGAGAUCGAUCGCAGGGAUCGCUGCAUAUGCGAUUUCGUAGUGGGGUGGGAACUGGGCUACGAAAGCCGGCGGGAGAUUACGGCUCAGUUCAUU